CUAAGUUCUUCCUCUUGCAGGUCUAAAAAGAAGAAGUGGGAUGUGGUACGCCAGCGUGUGUGGAGCAAUGGGACAGAAUCGGAAAUGUUCAACAAACUGGAAAGCAUUGCCAUGUCAGACUCGCCUUGCACACCUGUUCUGGGCUGCCGCAUCAGCAGAGCAUUGGAGCCAGUGGCUGUCAAGGGUGAGUUUGUCACCAGCAGAGUGAACUGGGUGGUUCAGAGCUCAGCCGUGGACUACCUGCACCUGAUGCUUGUGGCCAUGAAAUGGCUCUUUGAGGAGUACCGCAUUGAUGGGCGCUUUUGCAUCAGCAUCCAUGACGAAGUGCGCUACUUAGUGCAGAGCGAGGACCGCUAUCGGGCAGCUCUGGCCCUGCAGAUCACCAACCUCCUGACACGGUGCAUGUUUGCCUAUAAGCUAGGCCUCCAAGACCUGCCUCAGUCAGUUGCCUUUUUCAGCGCUGUGGAUAUUGACCGGUGUUUACGGAAAGAGGUGACGAUGGAUUGCGUCACUCCAUCGAACCCAACAGGGAUGGAGAGACGGUACAGCAUCCCGCAGGGUGAUGCUUUGGAUAUAUACCAACUCCUCAAAAUCACCAAAAGCUCCUUGGAGAAAGAAAAAUAGGGUUUCAGAUGUUUCAAAGCUAAAAUGUUACAUAUUGGCUCAGGAAAUCCUUCCGCUAUCAGACUUUUACGCAACGACCAGCUCCAUUCUCCGUUGGAUUCUUUUCACUGUCAGAAUAUCAAGAGGAAGGUGGAAAACCAACAAAUGAGUUCAACUUUAAAGGCAAAUUCUCAGCUUUUCCCAAAAAAGGAAGGGCUGCGCUUCAAUUAUGCUCCGCAAGUGCAUUAUAGAACAGUUGUAAGCAGACUAAUAGUCGUGUUAGCAUUCAGGGAAUCCCAUGGAACUUAAGGCACUAAGCUGGCAACUUUUAUAAUUCACCAGUGAUAACAUUCCCAAAGGGGAAACAACUUUUGUUUUUUGUCAGGACAAAACCAUAACUUGAUCCAAAUAAAAGCUCUUAUUUUUUCCGUC